AUGGGGAUGGAAGCAUCUUUGGAGAUAGGCAAGGAAGGAGCUCUGGCCAAGUUCUUAGCCUUCCCCAUGACCUUGCCCUCAGGGUCCUUGUCGUUGUGCACCGUGUCUGGUGCCCUGCUGUGUUGGUUGGGACCCCCAGCAACCCUCUGGCACUUUGGCUAUUUCUCUGAAUGUCCCUGCCUGUGGAAGAAGACACGUGCCACUCUGGGCCCUGGACCCCUCAUCCAGCCAGCUCCAUGGAUCCCAAGGCUGUCUCGAUCUAUCCAGAGCCCCAAAGCCACCUGCGGGCAAGCAUGCCUGUUUCUCCCUCCCCUUUGCUCAUCCUGGUGGAGCACUCAUUGGCCAGUCAGCGUCCUUGGUGCUGGGAACACAGCAAGUCCACGAGACAGGCAAGGACCCUGCUUGGAACGCUGCCUAUUGAGGUGCACAGAGAGAGAAGUUGGUCUUUGCUUCUCAGAGAGAGAAGAUGCUGGCAGCUGGCAGGGGGCGUCCUCCCAUACCCUCCAGAGAGCGGCCCCGUUUGGCUCUGCAGGUUUGCGGUGGGCAGUGAAAGUAUCUGCUGACAAAUCACCCAAGGUCGGUUUGGAAGCCCAGAGUCCCAUACAAACGUGGGACGAAAAAAGACCUGUCACGAAGGCUGCGCUACGUGUCCAGCUGCCCGCCCCGAGCGCCGCUCCAGUUCACUGUCCUUUGGUAGGGGAGAGGGAGGAGGCUCGGGAACCAAGAAGACGAAUCCAGGUGGACUACUCGGAUACGAAGUUCUCCCGCCCGGACGCCACGGGCCGCCGCGUCGAGGGAGCGCGGGCCCCGGGCGCCCCCUGGAGGUUGUACCGGCCUCGGCCGCGCAGCGCAGACCGAGGAGGGCGCUGGUGUUACUAAGAACGCCAGCUGGUCAACUGAAAACACACCUUCCAAAAAAACCCUCAAAGGGCAGGGACAGAAGCAUUUGAAAUGAAACACCAGGGCCAGGCGCGGUGGCUCACUCCUGUAAUCCCAGCACUUUGGGAGGUCGAGGUGGGUGGAUCACCUGAGGUC